AAUAACUGCAUCCACAAAUGGCGGAGAACAAGAAGAUCCUUGAUAUUAAUGAAGAUCUCUACGAACUUCUUGGAGUUGAUCCAGACGCUGAAACGAUUGAUAUUAAGAAGAAAUAUAGGGAUCUGGCAAGGCAAAUGCACCCUGAUAAGAAUAGGAAUGCCCAGAACAGUGCUGACUUGUUUAUCAAGAUCAAUCAUGCUCAUUUAUAUCUCAUUAAUCCGACUACUAGGCUUAUUUAUAAUGCUUUUGGACUCUCAGGUUUGGAGGUAUAUGAACAAUCUAUCGAGGAUUUUGAGAAAGUCGAGAAAAAGCAUCAGGAGCAAGAAGGAGAAGGUGAUGAAGAGAACAAGCAAGAAACUGAGCAGAAAAUUCUCACAAAAACAAUCCACCUCAUCUCGGAAACUACUAGAAGGCAUCUUAUUCAGGAGUAUGAUAUAAGCUCCUCUCUUGAAGUUGGAAUUGACUGAAAAGAUUUCUGUGAUCUUUAUGGUGCUUAUGUUAAGUAUCGCAAAGAUGGGCGUCUAAAGACAUCAAAAGAUCUCUUUUCUUUAAUAAGAUAUCGGCAAAGCGUCAUUGAAACCUCCUUCAAAGUUCCUUAUUGAGAUUGGAUGAGUGGAGAAGUCACUAUGAAAAGCCAUUCUGAUAUGAGGCAAGCUCUUGCAAUUGGGUCUUUUGAUUACCAGAAUAAUGUGUCAUUACCUUAUGGAUUUGAUCUAAUAAAUACGGCUGAGUUUAGCCCAAAUUCUAAUAGCCUAAACACUCAAAUUAGAAAGAGCAUUAUCCACGAUUUAAUCAACGUAGGACUCUCUUGUAGAUAUGAUGAGAAAGGAUUCAAUCCUGUUGAAAUAGAAGCAUCUACUGGCUUUAGUACAAAAUUUAGAGACACCACUUUUGGAAUUGACACCUCUAUAGGCUUUAAUUCUAUUAGCAUGGCUCCUAAAAUCCAAUUUAAACUUCUUGAGGACGCGGUGCUCUCAUGAAGCAUGAAAGUAAACUCUAGUGAUCAAGACUUAGUCUUGGGAGGUCAAUUAGGAAUACUUUAUAAGCUUUCAAGUACUCUACAAUUAGGUGUUUUUGGAGAUAUUUCCAGUAAAAACUCCAAACUUACCUCAAUCAUCAGUGUGCAUGUUGGCUUACUAGGAUUCAAUUUCAAAGUGCCUUUCUUCUGUGGAACUCAAACAGAAGGACCUAGUGGGACUUUUUGGGACUCUGGUCUUGCAGUGACUCUUGGCAUCUUUGGAAUUGCCAAUGCCUUCACUUUUGGUGCAUACAAGACUUACAGAAAAUUUAAAAGAAUUAAGAAAUAUUCAAAAUUAGAUGUGGAUUUCACCAAGUUCCAAGAAAAAAUGAAAAGGUUUAAGGACGAAGAGACCAAAUUAGAAGAAAAUAUGAGGAGAAAUAGAAAUUUAGAGAAUACGGAUCUAAUCAUUAUUGAUGCUAUUAUGGGGCAUAAAGCUCAUAUUAGACAGAUUGUGAAAGGUCAAAAGAGGUUUGAAGAGCCCUUAGCUACAGCUGAGCAAUAUAAUCACUGCCAAGUAUACAGGAUUAAAUCAAAGUUGCAGUCAAUGGUCCAAAAUAAUAGUCUUACGAUUAGUGAGAAUAUAAUUUUUGAAGAACCUGAAAUCUUUAACCCAAGGAGAUAUCAUGGAGAUAUUUCUGUCUAUGUGACAUUCAGAUUCCGUGGAUUUGUAUGCAGCUUUAUUCACAACUUCUCCAGUAAGCAGGAUAUGAGAAUUGCAAAUGUGCAAACACAUCCAUUUACGAGAGAGUUUACAGAUGGUGAAGUUCAUAUUCCAAAUGAUAUCCUCAGAGGCUAAAAUUCAACAAA